AUGCCACCAUCACCUCGCGUGAACCUCUGCUGUUCUCAGAAUCUCUAUCCCCAGUCGACGGCAAGCACGAUGCGUUGGCUCUCGCUUCUUUCGGUCGCACUUUUGCUCGUUCACAUUGAAGCCGGUGGCGCAUCGCCGGUUGCACCAGCUACAAAUGAAGAUGCAAUCAUCUCGCCUCGAGGAUCGACUGCGCAGGACGCUUCACAAAAAGUCAUCAACAAACGUGCGGUGAACCACGCCGCUGGCAUCGUUGCAGGACGUGGCAAUAAUGCGAUGCAGGAGGCUAAUCUGCACGACCUCUCGACGACCGACCUGUUCAAGACGCUGGUCAUCUACGACGUUCAGCAACGCGCUCGGGAAGAAUCACAGCGUGCUUCAGCUCAAGAUGGCUUCCUCCCAUCUCUUUCCGAUAUGAACCCAUUCGUGACGCACGAUUAUGUGGUACGGCUCGAACGGAAUCGGCCUCUGGUCCAGCUCCCCUCGAACCGUCGAGAAGUCAAGGAAUCGGUGAUCGGCCUGCUGAACAACCGGUACUACCACCAACUCAACGUCAACCACGAUGCGAGCUUCUACAAGGGCGGCGAGGAGCCCGUCGCGAAUGUACGUUCUCCGGAUAGCGCGUGGAUGGAUAUCCGGCCCUCCACGCGUCGGGUGACGGAGACCCAGCUGACGAAACAGGCUCUGGAAGCGCUCGGACGAACGCGAGAGUGGGCCAAGGAGCAGGAACGUGCCCACCCCGGUACGAUGCCCAACGAGGCGGUCGAUCGAGCUUUGGAUUGGGCGUGGGGCGUGUGGCUCAAAGGCACGGGCAUGGGCGCAGGCCACGCCGACUUUCCGGUCGAUACAAUCAUCUCCAAAAUGGCCCGUUGA